GUCAGUUUCCACUGUGAAAUUGUCACGGGAUCUCUGCGGCGCUUACCAAAUCUGCAUUAACUUUGAUUGAGUUAGUCAUAAAAAAACAAGGCUUUAUUUGGCGUUUACUCUCUUUUCUUUAGCAAACAUGAAGGUCAUUACUUGUGAAAUAGUGUGGCAUAAUAAGGAGCCUGUUUACAGCUUGGACUUCCAGCACGGAGCUGAUGGGAAGAUCAAUCGACUGGCCUCAGCAGGUGUGGACACAGCCGUUCGGAUAUGGAAAGUGGAAAAGGGACCAGAUGGAAAAGCAAUUGUGGAAUUCUUAUCCAACCUUGCCCGCCAUACAAAAGCAGUAAAUGUUGUGCGCUUCUCUCCAAGUGGUGAGAUCCUAGCAUCUGGAGGAGAUGAUGCUGUUAUUUUAUUGUGGAAGCUGAAUGAUAGCAAAGAAUUGGAACCAUUGGUUUUUCAGGAAGAAGAUGAAGCUCAGCUCAACAAAGAGAACUGGGCAGUUGUUAAAACUUUAAGAGGCCACUUAGAAGACGUGUAUGAUAUCUGUUGGACAUCAGAUGGAAAUUACAUGGCAUCUGCUUCUGUAGAUAACACAGCUAUAAUGUGGGAUGUCAAUAAAGGACAGAAGGUUUCAAUAUUAAAUGAACACAAGAGUUAUGUCCAAGGGAUAACAUGGGAUCCUCUAGGCCAGUACAUUACAACUCUGAGUUGUGACAGGGUCCUGCGGGUAUACAACACGCAGACCAAGCGUGUAGCAUUCAAUAUUACCAAGAUUGUAUCUGGAUCAGGAGCUGAAGGAGAGGCUAGGAGCUAUCGGAUGUUCCACGAUGACAGCAUGAAGUCAUUUUUCCGCAGGCUCAGUUUUACUCCUGAUGGCUCCUAUUUACUCACUCCAGCUGGCUGUGUUGAAUCAGGAGAAAAUGUAACAAACACCACAUAUGUUUUCUCCAGAAACAAUCUUAAAAGGCCUGUGGGUCACCUGCCAUGUCCUGGAAAAGCAACUCUUGCUGUUCGCUGCUGCCCAGUCUACUUUGAGUUGAGACAAGCAUUUAAUAAAGAUGGAAUUGGUCAGAAAUCGUCUCCAGCUCUGUUUGAUCUGCCCUAUCGACUGGUGUUUGCUGUUGCUUCAGAAGAUUCUGUGCUUUUUUAUGAUACUGAGCAGUCCUUCCCCUUUGGUUAUGUUUCUAACAUACAUUAUCACACCCUGAGUGACAUUUCAUGGUCCAGCGAUGGAGCCUUUCUUGCUAUCUCUUCCAUGGAUGGAUACUGUUCAUUUGUUACCUUUGAGAAGGAUGAACUUGGAAUACCACUGAAGGAGAAGCCACAGAUCAAUGUCAGGACUUCUGGUGUAACAGAGAAGAAAGUGAAGAAGAGCCAGCCACACAAAGUCAUUUCCCCAGGUUCUAGGCUGACAGAAGCAUCUCCUCCUAGCAGGGUCACUGAUCCCAGCACUGUCACUCUCCAACCUAGAACACCCACAGCUGCUGGUAAGGACUUGCCUUCCACACCUGUUGUUGUAAAAAACAUUCCAGUCUCAUCCUCUGAUGAGAGGAAAAUCAGCCAGUCAGCCAGCCAGGGUGCUAAAGCAAACCAGCCCAGGAGAAUUACUCUCAACACUUUACAAGCAUGGAGCAGGACACCAAGGUGUCUGUCUUCAGGUUCCAUUUUCAGUAUGAGGAUGGUACCUGAAGUCUUCAGUUGAUGAGAAUCAUUUAAAGACUCUUCUGACAGGAAAUAUUUUAUGAAGAGUGCAAGUCUAGACAGUGCUUCAGUGUGCUCUGUCAUGGGUGUGAGACUUCGUGCAUUGAUUGAGGUCACUUCCUAAGUCGAAGAUCUAGGUUUUUAGAAAUUUUCUGUAAUCUAUGUACUGAUUGUCAAACAGCCUGCAAUAUAAGACCCUGAACUGGUGUGCAUCAGUGAGGGGACAGACAUGCAAAACAAGGCUAUUUUAGUGCUGAAGGAGAUUAUUAUAGCUUCUCAUAGGAAUGUUUUAAUUAGUAGGUGGCUAGAGAGGAAGUGGUGAACAAGAAAGCAGAAUAGUGGAUUUGAUCAACAGCUGCAAGGAAAAUCUUGGAGAUGAUGGCUUUCUACACACCAGUGUUCGUCUGUACUGGAACUAACAAGUCAAAGGGCUGUAGGUAGAUCUAAGCAACUUUUUCCUGGAGGGUGGGGU